AUCCACCAACCACGGUCACCGCGAAGCUUCCGACGCAUUUCUUCGCGUUCCCUUUUGUUUUUGUCAACGCGCUCCUCGGGAUUUCAGGCUUAUUGGGGAGUUCUCGCUUCUCGCCGCUUCAAGAUUCGGACUUUGAAUCCAUCUUCCGAUCUCUACUUCAAACCAAAAGGGAGUCUUGUGUUUUUGCUGCUGAAAGAUGUCUAGUAGUGGGUUUGGGGAGUCAAUGAGCAGGCCGCCCCAAAACGCCUCUUGUUCAGGCAGCAAUGGUAAUAACAAUGACGCCGGUAAUUUUGAGUGCAAUAUAUGCUUUGAUUUGGCACAGGACCCAAUUGUGACCCUCUGCGGUCACCUCUUUUGCUGGCCUUGCUUGUACAAAUGGCUCCAUCAUCACUCGCAUUCCAGGGAGUGUCCUGUUUGUAAGGCCUUAGUUGAGGAGGAGAAGUUGGUCCCUCUGUAUGGCCGUGGAAAGAACUCUACGGAUCCCAGGUCUAAGUCGAUUCCCGACAUGAACAUUCCAAACCGUCCAGCUGGGCAGAGACCUGAGACAGCACCUCCUCCUCCUGAUACGAACCAUUUUGCCCCGCAUGGGUUUGGAUUCAUGGGGGGAUUUGCCCCAAUGGCAAGCGCAAGGUUCGGAAACUUCACAUUGUCUGCCGCAUUUGGUGGUCUUAUCCCAUCGUUGUUUAACCUUCAGGUUCAUGGAUUCCCUGAUCCUACAAUGUAUGGGGCCUCUCCUGGUUUUCCAUAUGGGUUUUCUCAUCCGUUUCAUGGGGGGCAUGCCCAUGGAUUUCCUCAGCACACAAAUCAAGGACAGCAAGCAGAUUACUAUCUGAAGAUGUUGUUUCUAAUUGUUGGCGUGUUUGUGAUCCUUGCUUUGAUAUGGAACUAGGUUACAUCUGUUUGCGGAGCUGAACUUGCUAAAGGAUGUAUGUGAUUGUCACCCUCAUGAAUUUGUAAAUCCGGUCGUACUUUUUUCUUUUCUUUCUCUCGAGGAGAUUGCUCUUGUAUACUCUAUCACAACUUUGUUAGGUUUCUAUUCUCCUUUCAUCAUCAUGCUGAAUGUGACUUUCAUGUUUCCAUAAAUUAGAAAAUCUUGGGCCCCCACCCUUUCUGUCACAACACUCGCACCCAUACAUAAAUAAGAAGGUACACGCCCGAUGGCAUGCAAAGACAUCCAUGCUUGUAAAGAAAUGGGUGCUUUUGUACUCCUUUAUGGAGAAAGCAUUGACAAUACACCCUUUUUUAGGGGGUGGAAUUUCCAUUUGAGACAAUACUUCUUAGGCAUUCCAGUUGUAGUUAAUCAAAUUCAGAGAUGCUUUGAUUUUUGCAAAUAGAGUAUUGACUUGUUGGAUUAUAUGCGAACACAAUUGAUUGACCAGUAUGUAUUGGAUUGAACUUUCCUGCCCAUCUGUUUUAUA